AUGGCCAUGACCAAGUACAUCGUUGGGACUGUAUCCGCCACAAAACCGGCUGCGACGCCCCCGGACCCGACACCUAUCCGGCGCUCCAAGAAGGCGCCGUCGAAGUCGUCGAGGAGCAAGAGGCACAGAGAGAUCCCAUCACCGUCAUCGUCUUCCACCGACCCGUCUUCUUCCUCGAGCGACGCCGAGACGCCCUGUCCUCCCAAGAAACAUAAGCGGGGCCGCCCGAGGAAGCAGACAGUGGCGACCGACAUCAAUCAGCAGGCCGUCCCACCGGCUGCCGCUCACCGGCUGCCGCUCACCCCAUGCAAGCGCCUGCCCACCCAUACUACGGCGCGGCCCCCGGCUUUCAUGCAGCACCCCGCCUACCACCCGUGGCAGCGGCGAGUUUCAUACCCCAAAACCCCGGCAGCUGGAUGA